AUGGUAAUAUUUUUUAUCUAUCUAUCUAUCUAUCUAUCUAUCUAUCUAUCUAUCUAUCUAUCUAUCUCAGUAUAUAUUGAUUUUAUUGAUGGUAAUAUUUUUUAUCUAUCUAUCUAUCUAUCUAUCUAUCUAUCUAUCUAUCUAUCUAUCUAUCUAUCUCAAAUCUUCACAUUAUUUCUUCUUCUUCUUCUUCUUCUUCUUCUUCUUCUUCUUCUUCUUCUUCUUCUAUUCCUCCCCCUUUUCUUCUGCUCUUCGACCUCAAUUAUUUCUUCUUUUUCUUCUUUUCUUUUUCUUAUUGUUUCUUCUUCUUCUUCUUCUUCUUCUUCUUCUUCUUCUUCUUUUCUUCUGCUCUUCCUCCUCAAUUAUUUCUACUUUUUCUUCUUCUUUUCUUCUUUUUCUUGUUCUUAUUCUUCUUCUUCUUCUUCUUUUAUUCAUCCCCCCUUUUCUUCUGCUCUUCGACUUCAAUUAUUUCUUCUUUUUUCUUCUUCUUUUCUUUUCCUCCUUUUCUUCUUGUUUUUUUUUCUUCUUCUUGAUCUUCUUCUUCUUCUUCUGCUCUUCUUCCCCAUUCUUCUUCGCCUUCUUCACCUUUAUUUCUCCUUGAAUUCUUUUAAUAUUACGUUCCCUUUCUUUCUUUCUUUCUUUCUUCUUCCUCUUCUUCUUCUUCACUUAUAUCCAGGAUUUAUUUCCUGA